AUGGGGAAGCGAUGGCGAGCGGAGGAUGCCUGGCUUGGGAGGGUCAGUCUAGGGCGUCGCUCAGUGUGGAGAGGGGUGCUCGGCGUGGCUGAGGGAGAGGGCAGCCGCCGCCGCCGUGGGAGGCGGGACCUCCAGGCUGAUGCGGGGAUGAGGAUCCCCGUGGGGAUUAAAUCCCCGAGCGGGGACAGGGAUGGGAAAGAAGUGCUCCCCGUGAGCCUUCACGGGGACGGGGACGGGGACGGGGACGAGAGAAAUUUGCCUCUACGGGGGCGGGGAUGGGGCAGUAACCCCGACGGUGAAUUUUCCGUUGACAUUUCGAGUGGUGCAUUCACGGGACUGACAGCGCGCAGUGGCUGCUCAUUCAACUACUUCAUGCCUCCAACUAGACGCCUUGUCACCACCAACCAUCAGACUUAUGAAUCCACUACACUCAGAUCUGAAACAAGCAAGGGUAGAAGCAUGAGUGUGGUGACCGGGGCGCUGGGAAGCCUCGCCCCCAAGCUUGCGAAGCUGCUCCAUGACGAGUAUAAGCUCCAGAAGGGCGUGAAGGAGCAAGUGAAGUCGCUCUCCCGCGAGUUGGACAGCAUCUACGCUUUCCUCCACAAGGUCUCGGAUGUGCCAUGGGACCAGCUCGACGAGCAGGUCAAGUUGUGGGCGCGCGAGGUCAGGGAGGCAUCCUACGACAUGGAGGAUGUCCUCGACACCUUCCUCGUUCGCGUCGACGGCGUAAAGAACUCCGACUCCAGCAGCCUCAUGACGAAGCUGGGUGAGCUGUUCAGCAAGGCCAAGGCUCGCCGUGAUAUUGCAGCAAAGAUCAUGGACAUAACAAAGCAUCUCGAGGAGGAUCAUGAUGCCUCCAAUAAGAAGAUGAAGAUGGUUUCAGUUGUGGGAGUUGGAGGAUUGGGUAAAACCACUCUUGCCAAAGCGGUGUAUGACAAGCUUAAACCACAAUACGACUGCGGGGCUUUCAUUUCAAUUGGUCGGGAUCAUGACUUGGUAAAAGUUUUCAAGGAUAUUCUCUUUCAUCUUGAUAGUGAAAACCAUAAGGACAUUCACAACACUGAGAGAGGCGUCGAGCUCCUCAUUCACCAACUCCGAGAAUUCCUGAAGGAAAAGAGGUAUUUUAUUGUUAUUGAUGAUGUAUGGGAGGUACGCACCUGGGAAGCAAUCGAACUCGCACUUGUUGAGAAUAAUCGUGGAAGUAAAGUAAUCACAACUACUCGAAAUGUUGAUGUUGCCAAAGCAUCUGGUGAGGUUUACAAGCUGAAACAACUUUCCUAUGAUGACUCCAUGAAAUUAUUUUAUACAAGGUUAUCCAGAGCAGACCGAAAGUUCGUUGAUAACCAUCCAGAUGACAUUUCUGAGAAAAUUCUAAAGAAAUGUGCUGGUAUACCGUUAGCAAUCAUCACAAUGGCUAGUUUGUUGGCUGGUAAACCAGAAUGCGAAUGGUCAAUGGUCUACAACUCUAUUGGUUUUCAUACUACAGAUAACAGGGAAGCUGAAGAUACUAUGACAAUACUUUCAUUUAGCUACUAUGAUCUGCCUCCACAUUUGAGGACAUGCUUACUAUAUCUAAGUACAUAUCCAGAAGAUUAUGAGAUCGAAAAGGAUUCUUUGAUAUGGAAGUGGAUAGCUGAAGGAUUUAUUGAUGGGAAACAGGGAACAAGAUUAUUUGAGCUUGGAGAAAGAUACUUCAAUGAUCUCAUUAAUAGAAGCUUGAUCCAGCCAGUGGAGAAUGAGUGGAAUGGCAGAGUAGAAAGCUGUCGUGUUCAUGAUAUGGUUCUUGAUCUAAUGCGUAAGCUUUCAUCUGAUGAAAACUUUAUUGCUAUAUUAGGUGAUAAUGUUGAAGCAACACCUGCACCAAGCAGUGUCCGUCGGUUAGCCAACCAAAACAGAAUAGCUGAGCACAUUAAUUCUGAAUCAAUGGUUACUGGGAUGCCAAAAGUGAGGUCAUAUACCGCAUUCAAGUGUUUUAUUGAUAGCCGAGACCAGUUUUUGAGAUUUAAACUUUUGCGCAUGUUGGACAUAGUAGACUGCAGCGUUGAGAAAGGUUGCCACCUUAAGCAUCUUGGUGAUUUACUUCACUUGAGGUACCUUAGGAUAAGAUUCAACGGUAGUUCCCCUGAGCUCCCCAUACAACUAGGGAAUCUAAAGUUACUGCAAACACUCGAUGUGCAGGGAACAUUACAGCAAACACUCGAUGUGCAGGGAACAUUGCCAGCAAGCAUUGUGCACCUAACAGAGCUGGUCCGGCUAUGUGCUGACAAAAAGGUACCGGUUGGGAUUGGGAAGCUGGUUUCCCUGGAGGAGCUAAGAAUAUUUAUUGGUUGCAGAGAUAAGCCCAAGAGAUUUUUCAAGGAGCUUGCCAGCCUGCGAGAACUGAGGCUGCUUAAAUUUAGCACUUAUGAUGGGGCGGACGAGAGCAUGCAGAGAGAUUUUGUGGAGUCUCUAAGCAAUAUGCAAAAGAUUGAGUAUAUAAUUGUGUACGAUUCACCUUGGCUUGCGGAUACAGCCAUGUGGGAAGCAGCAGGCUUUGUGCUCCCACGACCUCUCCAUUAUUUGGGAUGGCAUGCAAUUAGAUUGUCCAAAUUGCCGUCAUGCAUUAAUCCCAAAAGUCUUCCCAACCUGGCCCACUUGGAGCUGUUUGUGACUACUAUGGAUGAGCAGGAUCUGAAACUCCUUGCUAGGUUGCCGGCGCUCUGUUAUCUCGACCUGAUAACAAAGUCCACCGUAACAGCAAGCAAUAUUAACUCCAGUGAUGGCUGCUUCUUCCAGAAGUUGACGCACUUUGCGACCAAUGCAAUGGUCCUGUUUGAGCAGCCCGACGAGGAGGACACUAGCGUUUCAUUGCAUAUGUGGAAUGGAGAGGAUGCUAUGCCCUUUGCCUCUAGAAAAAAACAAUGA